CGGCGCUGCUGGCUUCUUUAAGCCAGAAUUAAUAUUGAUAGAAUGAAAAAAUUUAAGAGGAGACUUUCGCUAACCUUGCGUGGAAGCCAGACCAUUGAUGAAUCGCUGUCUGAGCUAGCAGAACAAAUGACCAUUGAAGAAAACAGCAGCAAAGAUAACGAGCCCAUUGUGAAGAAUGGCAGGCCUCCAACGUCUCACAGCAUGCACUCAUUCCUCCACCAGUACACGGGAUCUUUCAAGAAGCCCCCUUUGCGGAGACCGCAUAGCGUCAUAGGGGGAAGCCUCGGCUCUUUCAUGGCAAUGCCUAGAAAUGGGAGCAGAUUAGAUAUUGUUCAUGAAAAUCUGAAAAUGGGAUCGGAUGGUGAAAGUGACCAAGCUUCUGGAACAUCAUCCGAUGAAGUUCAGUCUCCCACAGGUGUUUGUCUCAGAAACCGGAUACACAGGCGAAUCUCUAUGGAGGAUCUGAACAAGCGUUUGUCGCUGCCUGCUGACAUCAGGAUACCUGACGGCUACCUGGAAAAGCUGCAGAUUAACAGCCCGCCGUUCGACCAGCCGAUGAGCCGGCGCUCUCGUAGAGCAUCUCUGUCCGAAAUUGGUUUUGGAAAAAUGGAGACCUAUAUCAAGCUAGAAAAGCUUGGAGAGGGUACUUAUGCAACAGUUUAUAAGGGAAGAAGUAAAUUGACAGAGAACCUGGUAGCACUGAAAGAAAUCCGUCUGGAACAUGAAGAGGGAGCACCAUGCACAGCCAUAAGAGAAGUGUCAUUAUUGAAAGAUCUGAAACAUGCCAAUAUUGUUACGUUACAUGAUAUCGUUCACACGGAGAAGUCUUUGACUCUUGUUUUUGAAUACCUGGAUAAGGAUCUGAAGCAGUACAUGGAUGACUGUGGUAACAUCAUGAGUAUGCACAAUGUAAAGCUAUUUUUGUACCAGAUUCUUCGUGGUUUGGCAUACUGUCAUAGGAGAAAGGUGUUACAUCGAGAUCUGAAGCCACAAAAUCUACUAAUUAAUGAAAAAGGAGAACUGAAGCUAGCAGAUUUUGGGCUGGCGAGGGCAAAGUCUGUUCCUACAAAGACCUAUUCCAAUGAAGUUGUCACGUUGUGGUACAGACCGCCUGAUGUUCUCCUGGGAUCCUCAGAGUAUUCAACUCAAAUUGACAUGUGGGGUGUUGGAUGCAUAUUUUUUGAAAUGGCAUCAGGAAGGCCUCUUUUUCCUGGUUCGACUGUUGAAGAUGAACUGCACUUAAUUUUCAGACUUCUGGGAACUCCAUGUCAAGAAACAUGGCCAGGCAUUUCUUCCAGUGAUGAAUUUAGAAACUACAACUUUCCUAAAUAUAAACCACAGCCCCUAAUCAACCAUGCACCAAGGCUAGACACAGAAGGAAUUGAAUUGAUAGCGAAGUUUCUUCAAUAUGAAUCAAAGAAGAGAAUUUCAGCGGAAGAGGCUAUGAAACAUGCAUACUUCAGAAGUCUUGGAACAAGGAUACACACUUUGCCGGAAAGUGUUUCAAUAUUCAGUCUAAAAGAGAUUCAGCUGCAAAAAGACCCUGGCUUUCGAAAUUCCACUUACCCAGAGACAGAAGAACAGGAUGACUAGUGACAAGAGUAUGGGAAUAAUGUCACUUUUUCCCAUCUUGUUGCCCACCCAUUUCUACAUUUUUCACUUGAAAUCAACUGGAAAGAUGCAAGUUUGUACUUGAUAAGAACUCACUAUGCUACAGAACUUCUGAAAUGGGAACUUGGAGAGUUUUUCAGAUCUUAGAUGUUAUCUGUUUACCUGCGAUAGUAAACAUGUUACUACUACGCUUAUGCAUCUCAGUGAGUAUCAUAAGUACACCCUUGGUGAUGGUUACAGUAUUUUUAAGCAUUUGUGUUCACCUUUAUGAACUUAUUUGUUUAGUGCAUCUUAAAGAGACUGUAAAUCUUUAUUGGUAUAUUUUGAAAUGGUCAUGUAAAUCUUUGGCUGGUAUAUCAUGAAAAUAGUCAUAGAUAACUUAAUUUUUUCCUGACAUUCACUGUAAAACAUUCAGGGGUCCUACCAUUUCUGUUCAGGAAAUCUUGUAGUUUAUUGUUAUUUAACAGUAUUAAGUGAAUUUUUGUAUAUUUCAUUUUAACUUUAUUUGUGAAUAGUGAUUGUGGCAUGUUUGGGGGUGUUUUAUUAAUAUUUCAUUGAGACUGGUAAAUUUGAAUUGGGACUUUUUUAUUUUCUGGAAGAGAGAAAUUCAUGUGUAACGGUGACUAUUGGACCACUACUGCUUUUCAGCAUUUGUAAACCGGUUUUACGUUAAAUCUUGUAGACCUAACAAACUGCUGUUAUUUCUAACUGACCGACCUGUAUUAAUAUUGUACUUUUGAAAGUAUAAAUAUUAUGUGGAAUUCCUUGGUUUUGUUUUGAAGUUUAUAACAACAAAGGCCCUGUGCUGUUAAAAAUACAGACUUAGUGAACUUGCA